CUUUGUCAAUAAUAGUACCUUUCGAAUGAACCUUUUGGAAUCAAGUAAUCAAAAAAGAUCUGUGAAUCUUCCGCUCGAUCUUAUCAGAAACGGAAUGAAAAUUCAAGUGGAAGAUUAGCCAGCUGCCUUUGUUGUUGUAUUUAUAUGUUGAACCAGAAACAGAUGUAAGUUAGGGUGUACAUGCUAGUGCUCAGCAGGGCAGCAUAUUACAACUUACAAGGAAGGCGGAUAAAUGGAUGCUCAGCAAGGGCGAGCUAGAGAUUCCCAUGCCGUCGACAUCGCUUCCCUGGCCCGACAGUUGAGGGAGGAGCUGGCAACCGCGGACACUUUGCCGGUGCAACUCGCCGGCGGCUGCCCCAUCAUCAUCGGCGAGGUUGGUGGCCUCACACGCAACGUCGACCCGGCGGAGUACGACCCGCACCAUGUCUCCAUCGGCCCGUACCACCGCAUCAGGAACCCAGACCUUGCUAGAGACGACGAGAAGAUAAGGAGCCUCGGCGUUGUCCUGUCGGCGGCGAGCGCCGGCAUGACGUUGGAGGUGUACCUCGACGAGAUGGCGCGCCUAGAGGGCCAAGCGAGGAGCUGCUACGCCCACACGUUUUCAAUUGAAAGCAACGAGUUCGUGCGCAUGUUGCUGCUCGAUGGCUGCUACUUGCUCGCACGGUUCGGCGACGUCGACAGCGGACGCCACAGGAACGGCGCACCCGCGGCCAAUGCCCACGCGAAGGGAGGGUGCCAGUACCACCGCAGCGGCGCGCCGUUGGUGUCGGCGCCUGGCGGAGGCGACAAGCUGGAGACUAUCUCGGUGGUGCGCGACGUGUUCUACCUUGCGGAGAACCAGAUUCCGUUCUUCGUCGUCAACAAGAUCUACCAGCUGACCUUUUUGGACAGCGGCGUUUCAGCGGCGAACGCGAUCGCGUGUGACGUCCGGGAACUCUUGCGGAGGCAGCUGUACUCGGUGGCCGCGCCGGCAGUGGCAGAGCCGCCGGGGCCAGGCAAUCUUCUUCACCUGCUGCACAUGCACCUGAAGCCCACUGUACACUUGUCACCCACCGGCGACAAAGUCACUGGGAAGCUGGUGGGCCGGUGGCGAACGGCGACGGAGUACCACUUUGCCGGCGUGAAGUUCAAGACCCGGUCCCUCGGUAGCAAAGAAGCACGCUGUGUCCUCGACGUGAAGCUGGACAGCGGCGGCGGCGUGUUGGAGAUUCCCCGCCUGAACAUCGACGCCGAGACGUGGCGGCUCCUGCGCAACCUGAUGGCCCUGGAGCAGCACAACCCGGACACGGCGGGGAGCAACGUGACGGCGUACUGCGUCUUCAUGUCGCAGGUGGCCUGCACGGCUAUCGACGUGGACCUCUUGUCGAGGAGAGGGGUCAUCGCUCACGGCCUCGGCAACCACGGCGAGGUAGCACGCUGCUUCGCCGACCUCUGCAAGGGGAUUGUGUUCCGCGCGGACGACCCCGACGGCAAUUACCUGAUGGCGACGUGCCAGGCCCUGGAGAAGCGCUUCCGGAGCCGGCCGCGGCGGUGGAUGGCGUGGCUGCGGCAGAAGUACUUCCGCAACCCGUGGCUCGCCGUCGGGCUCGCCGCGGCGGCAGUGGGGCUAGUUUGUACAGUGGUGCAAGCAGUGUACUCUGUUUUGAGUUACGUACAAGGAGCGAGGUAGGAAUUCAGUGACGACUCUGGUGGAAAUGAACAAGUUGUUUUUUUUUUUUUUGGGAGCAUCACAGAGCUUAGCUUUCAUUCAUCAGGAGCGAAUUACAUUCGUCCUGAUGCAUCGAGCAAGGAAAUCCGGUGUUGUGUCAGACUAUACAACACGGCAUUUAGAAGUAACAGCAUGCUGGGCACAAAAGUGUGCAGCAAAGUUCCCUGCUCUUGGUACAUAAUUCAGGCUAAAAUAAUUAAAAGACAUACUAAGCUC